CGCAUAUUUAAGUGACAGUUCAUACAUACGGUCCCCAUAGACUGAAAGGGCAAAGACAGGAAUGUUUGUGUGCUGUGUGUUUGUGACAACGGGUAGCCUACAGUCACUGCUGUCAGUGCAACUAACAUUACCUGCACUCUACCUGAACCGCUGACGUCCACCUGCUGCCCGCUGGAAAUCGGCGGCUAUCGGCAGACAAAGUCGGACGGACUGUCACUGAGAAAUGAAAUGAGGCUUUACUCCCUCAGAUUUGGAUGUGUGCUGGCUUUUGCGUGUUUUGCGUCGAUUACUUGGAUUAAAUCGAUUCCCAGUGAUGGAGGCUCCACCGUGAUGCCAGAAAUGCAGACCCUGUACCAGCGGCUGCUGCUGGCUGAGGAGUUGGGAGGGCAGGUCAGCAGAGAUCUCAGCAGCCUCCUGGAAGAACUGAGGAACACAUCCAAAGCUGCCAACAUCAGCCAUCCCAUCAGUGCCACCGCCACCACCAGCAGCAGCAUCCCCACAGAAACAAUAAGACAGAAGACAGACCAUUCAGGCCAACAGGCCUUCCUCCAGCCCAACAUUUACCUCUACAUGCCCCACCUCAGACAACAUCCAGACAGCCUCCUACCCAAUGUAGUGCUGGGACAGGGGCGCCGUGGAGUGUCCCUGGUGCUGGGCAUUCCUACAGUGAAGCGUGAGAAGCAGAGCUACCUGGUCAGCACACUGCGCUCUCUGCUCUACAGCCUGACGACUAUGCAGCAGCAAGAUCUCCUCAUAAUUGUCUUUGUUGCUGAGACGGACUCCAACUAUGUGGGCAGCGUAGCAGAGAGCAUCAGGAAGAAUUUUUCUAAAGAGGUGCAGUCCGGGCUAUUGGAGGUCAUCUCUCCUUCUCAGUAUUACUACCCCGACUUCUCGGGCCUCAGAGAGACCUUUGGAGACUCCAAGGACAGAGUCAAAUGGCGAACGAAGCAGAAUCUGGACUUCAGCUUCCUCAUGCUCUAUGCUCAGGACAAAGGAACCUAUUAUGUUCAGUUAGAGGACGAUGUUGUUGCAAAGGCAGGCUACUUCAACGCCAUGAAGACCUUCGCCAACCAACAACAGCAAUGGCUCUACCUGGAGUUCUCCCAGCUGGGGUUUAUAGGAAAGAUGUUUCAGAGCCGUGACCUCCCGAUGAUUGCAGAGUUCUUCCUGAUGUUCCACAGAGACAAACCCAUCGACUGGCUGCUGGAUCACAUCCUGUGGGUCAAAGUGUGCAACCCGGAGAAAGACGCAAAAGACUGUGAUAAACAGAAGGCGCAGCUCCGGCACAGGUACAAGCCGUCCCUCUUCCAGCACGUGGGCCUCCACUCGUCUCUGCCGGGAAAGUUACAGCAGCUGAAGGAUAAGGACUUUGGCCAGCAAUCUCUGUUCGAGGCCCACAAUAACCCAGCUGCAGAGCUGAGCAGCAGCCUGAAGCAUUACCAACAGCACAGCCUGGAGCGGGCCUACAGAGGACAGGACUUCUUCUGGGCACUGACACCCAGCCAGGGGGACUACAUCCUCUUCAACUUCACCCAGCCAAUCCACAUUUCCAGGUACCUGUUUCGCAGUGGAAACAUCGAGAGCAGCGGAGACAAAUUCACCAACACCACAGUGGAAGUGCUGCCCAGCAACGCGUCAGCACGAGACAGACUAGUGACUGGCUCAUCUUCUUCCUACAAAGCAUCUGAUAAGCACUUCAUCACUAUCGGUGCGUUUGAGAACGGGGUCGCUGAGGGAGAAAUUAAAGAAGUGCUGCAGCCGAUCUCAGCGCUCCGCCUGCUGGUUCACUCUGACGCUGACGUCUGGGCUCUGCUCAGUGAGAUACUCAUUGCAGUUUGAAGACCACAGAGAAGAGGAAACCCCACACACACGCUGCCAUUAGACCCUGUGAAUCUGCUGCCCCCCCCGAUUAGGGAUGGUUUGUCCACCUCAAGGAAGAGGAGCCAUGUGUACAGUGUUUGUUCUGCAAUAUUCAUUAUGAGUUCUAAUAUUGAUUGUGUGCCACGUUGCUGUUUAAAGGCAUUCCAUUAUCAAAGAGUAAAAUCGUGAGUAAUUUAUUACACUAGUACUUUAUAUUUUGUUGUAACUAAAUAAAGAAACCCACCUCGCC